GCUCCGCGAGCCCGUAUCUCCUCGAAUGAAAGGAAACAACCUCCGGCGACAGAGCUCCGCUCUUAGGCGCUGCCGGAGAACCGAGACCGACUUCUUUCUCUUUCCCCUUAUUGGCGCUUCUCUCUUGCCUUCCGCCUCUGGGCCCCGCUGGUUUCGGGUCUUCAGUGUCUAGGAAGGCAGAUUCUCAAAAUUAGGCAUUUCUUAAGGCUUAAAGUGGCAUUCUAAAAGCAAUUUAAAAAUCAUGUCAAGCUCAGUUGAACAGAAAAAAGGGCCUACAAGACAGCGCAAAUGUGGCUUUUGUAAGUCAAAUAGAGACAAGGAAUGUGGACAGUUACUAAUAUCUGAAAACCAGAAGGUGGCAGCACACCAUAAGUGCAUGCUUUUUUCGUCUGCUUUGGUAUCAUCACACUCUGAUAAUGAAAGUCUUGGUGGAUUUUCUAUUGAAGAUGUCCAAAAGGAAAUUAAAAGAGGCACAAAGCUGAUGUGUUCUUUGUGCCAUUGUCCUGGAGCAACAAUUGGUUGUGAUGUGAAAACUUGUCACAGGACGUACCAUUACCACUGUGCAUUGCAUGAUAAAGCUCAAAUACGAGAGAAGCCUUCACAAGGAAUUUACAUGGUUUAUUGCCGGAAACACAAGAAAACUGCACAUAAUUCUGAAGCUGAUUUAGAGGAAAGUUUCAAUGAGCAUGAACUGGAGCCCUCGUCACCUAAAAAUAAAAAGAAAAGUCGCAAAGGAAGGCCCAGAAAAACUAAUUUUAAAGGACUGUCUGAAGAUACCAGGUCCACAUCCUCCCAUGGAACAGAUGAAAUGGAAAGUAGUUCCUAUAGAGAUAGGUCUCCACACAGAAGCAGCCCUAGUGACACCAGGCCUAAAUGUGGAUUUUGUCAUGUUGGGGAGGAAGAAAAUGAGGCAAGAGGAAAACUGCAUAUAUUUAAUGCCAAAAAGGCAGCUGCGCAUUACAAGUGCAUGUUAUUUUCUUCUGGCACAGUCCAGCUCACAACAACAUCAAGAGCAGAAUUUGGAGAUUUUGAUAUUAAAACCGUACUUCAGGAGAUUAAGCGAGGAAAAAGAAUGAAGUGUACCCUUUGCAGUCAGCCUGGUGCUACUAUUGGAUGUGAAAUAAAAGCCUGUGUUAAGACUUACCAUUACCACUGUGGGGUACAAGACAAAGCUAAGUACAUUGAAAAUAUGUCACGAGGAAUUUACAAACUUUAUUGUAAAAAUCAUAGUGGAAAUGAUGAAAGAGAUGAAGAAGAUGAGGAACGAGAGAGUAAAAGCCGGGGAAAAAUAGAAAUUGAUCAGCAACAGCUAACUCAGCAGCAACUUAAUGGAAACUAGGUUCAUGGGACAGAGUUAGAAAACUGAGAAUGAAUAAGACAUCCAUAACUGCUAUUCUUUUUUCACUGUUUUCUAAAAUCAAAAAGGGUUUGUAACUGUUUACUGCCCAACUAUUAGAUCUUUCAUUGAACUGCUUAAAACGUCUUGUUUGUUUUAUGAGCCUUCACUAGAAGGCUGCGUUUGAUAUGUUGAUAUUACGUAGCUGUAGUUUGCAGUUUCUCAGAAGCAAUUGAAACACUAGUUAACCCUGUGUAUAGUGUCAACAGUUCAAACAGACAUUGAAAUGAAGUAAGCUAUAUUUCUGGACCGAACAAAGUUCUGCUGUCUAGAGUGUUUGUUUAGUGGAUUGAUACUCAAGGGAAAGCAUAAGCAAAUUUUACUUUACAAUGCAAACAUGCCGCUGGUGGCAACACAUGGUAAAUUUGUGGAUUUUUGUUUUCGCACUCAAGUAAUGGAGGCUAGAAAUGAAAUGAACCUUCUUUUUAUCUUGGCUAUUUUAGCACAUGCUAAAAAUCUCUUCUAAGAAGUAUGCUAAAGCUUUUUGUUUGAUUCCUGUUAAGGUUGUUCUCACUGACCAGCGCAGACACGGGCAACUGGUGAUUAUAAGCUAUGAGCUUCAGUGCUUAUGCCAAAAUUCUCAUGACAGUACACCUUUUCUCUUAUCAUUUCAUACAAAGGGCUUCUGGCAUAAUGAACCCUUUCAAGUUUAAACUAAUGUAUUUGACAAGAGCAAAUUAAACCUCUUUAAUAUUUAAGGGGUUAACAUUUGCUAAGGAUUUUAGAUACCAUGUCCCUAACCUGUUCCUCUCAAGUGCCCUGUUGUAUGGAACACUUCACAUACUGGCCCAAAGUAUGUAAGGAGAUCUCGUGUGCUGUAGGAGUAAAAAAAACAAACAAAAAAAAAAAACAAAAAAAAACCCCAAAAAACAAAAAAAAAAAAACAAAAACAAACAAAACGAAAAAAAAGACAGUCUUUGCAUAAAACAGUAUUUAUUUUUAAUUUGUGACCACUAUUUUAGAAAGUUUAUUUAAUAUUUUUAACGUUUUCAGUCAUUGCUUUUAUUACCUAUAAAAUAGGCUUUUGUGCCCUGCUUUUCUUCUAGUGGGGCUCAGUGUUGUUUGAUCGAUCAGCAGAACUGUUUAUGAAAGCCUAAGAAUCCAGCUUUUUAAAAAGGAUUUUCACACUGGCAUUUAUAGCUAGUGAUAUUUUCUUCCACUUACCUGCUGAAGCACAUUUAUAUAUUUCUUUAUGGCAAAACCAAAAAACUUUAGUUGUGGUCUGCCUAAUAUUACCAUAGCACCUCAAACCAAGGGGAGGGGAUUCUGAUUUCUGAAUUAUUAGUUAACCUACCACAAUAAAGCAGAUUUGCAAAUAAGAAAUAACAUGUUAACUGUACAUUGUGAUACUCUGCAGCUGAUAAACAGCAUUUUUAAAAUGUAACAGGUGGAAAAUUACACUGUGCUUAUUAAUGACGGAUGUUUUUUAACUGCUUGUCCCUUAUGAUCACGUUUGUCAAGUGUGUAUUGACACAUUUACUUAAAUCAAGGGACUCAAUGCUUGCUUUAUUUUAACCAUCUUGUAUUUGAUAUUUUUAGAAGGAAACUAGCUUUAGUAGUGGGUUGCCCUGUGUGUUUUCUCCUCUUGCUCUUAAUAUGCCCUUGGGGUUUUUUGUGUGUAUGUGAUUAAUUUUCAAAAUUCAUCAUGACUUGAAGUGCAAGGACAGAUCUAGAUGUUUGUUUACCAAGCUAUGUGACUUUUCCCAAAGGAUCUGUACUUUAUUUCCUUAUAACAGCUUGAAAAUCAUUACUUCUUAAAUCUUUAAAUCACUGUGUCUAGAUCAUUUUUUACAUUGUGUGCCAUAGACUUACCCAUGGGACAACAGAGCUCCUUCAUUUUUGGACAACUACUGUAAUCAUUUUUUUUUUUUUAGGAAAAAUGGAAGGUGCUGGGGUAAUCAUGGCCAGUCAAUAAUUAUGUAAAGGACUUCAAAUACUAUAGCUGUCAGUGAUGGAUUUGUUAUGUAGUAAAAUGUAUGACUUUGUAUGGAUUUCUUCAGCCCUUUUUCUGCCACUACCAACCAGAAUAGCACUUUACCUUUUGGUUGGCUAGAUAAGUGGCUGACUACCUGUUUUUCUCUCACUGUGGUGUGAUUGGCUAAACAAUCUUUCAUUAAAAACUGAAAUGUACAUUGAAGUCACAUGAAAUAAUCAUGUUUGGUUGUAAACCUCCAACAUUUUGAUUCUCUAACCAUGUUUUCAUCACAUGCUGAGUAAAAGUGCCUUACAAUGUAAAAAUUGUACAGUACUUAAGUUCCCAAGUAGCAUCAUCAUCAUCUGGGUAGUAAUUACAUUGUGGUAUUAAUAUUUAGAAGAUGGACCUCAGCAGUGUAUUUACUGUACAUCUCUUAAGUCCUUAACUAUAGUUUUAAUAAGCAUGACAUUAUUUGAUAAGUAUAUAACAUUUACAUCAUUUCAAAAAAUACUGCCAUAACUGUCUUUUAUGCAUAUUUUAGCCUGAAAUUUUGAAAUAUCUUUUUUCUUUUUUUUUUCUUUUUUUUUGUUAUUGAUAUUAAACAGUGUAAUCUUUGCAAGCAUAUAUUGAAGAUUAUUCUGGAGCAUUUUAUUGCCUUACCAGAAAUGUUAGUAUGAAAUGUUCUUUAGAAUAGAAAGAUAGACUUGAGUUUCUAUACUUUAAUAAAAACUCUUUGUUCCUGGUGGGGGGAGGGGGAUGAAGUUUACUAUCAUCUCAGUCUAUUAAAAACCCACAACUGAAAUAAAUUUUAUUUUAAGGAUCAACAAUUUUAGAAUUUCAGAUAGUACUUGCUCAGAAGUACAUGCAACUCAAGAUAUUAAGAAAUCUGUAGAUUGACUAUUGAAUCAGAAUCUAUGUACUUGAACAAAUGUGUGAAUCUCAAAUAUCUUAAAGCAAAAGCAAAAGUGUUCUAGAGUGUUGUUGCUUUUUUAAAAAGCACUAAAGUUAGACCAAGGUAUACAGUUCUUUUCUAACAGACAUUUAGGUUAAUUGUAAAAAUAAGGAAUGCAUUAUGGGUCAAAAUCAAACAUUCCUCUCAUGUAUAUUUUGUUCCUGUUAUCUUGGCUUUAUUUUUGAAAUUGUAGUUUGUAGUAUUAGUUUCCUUUUAUUGGUAUUCUUGCAUAUACUAUUCAUUCAAUAAAUGAGUUAUGACUUUCA